UUAAGGCAAAAAACACCAAUUUAUCAUUUAUUCUCACACCGUCACUUCUAGAAUUCGUUGUUAUAAAAAUAAUAUAGUUUGUUAAGCUUUUAACUGACCUUUUGAAAUUUGACAACCAUAACUUUUCCAGAAUCGCCAAUUUUAGCAUCGAGAGUUUUUGUUGAAUCCCAGGAAGAAUGAACUUGACUAACGUGACCACCACUGAAGUUCCAGUUUUGUUGAAACUGACUCAAUGGACAACUGGCACAAAUGCUAUGCGGCUCUCUGGAUUUGUGGUGUCGGUUCUGGGAUUGGUGGGAAACUUCCUAUGUUAUAUAACUGCCAAUGAGUUGCCAGCUUCAAACAGUGCUUUCCUCAUGAAACACUUGGCAGUGUGGGACUCCAUCGGAGGCUUCACCGACGGAUUCACAAUCAUCACCACUUACUUCAACUGGUGGAUUGCAAACACUCACCUCGUGGUGUGCAUUCUGUUCCGGUUCCACACCAUAGCCAGCAGUCUGGCCACUGGCUACUUCGUUGUUGCCAUGAGCGUGGACCGGGUAGUGGCCAUUAAAUUCCCAUUCCUCCACAGGAGCUACUCCUCCAGUCGAGUGGCAGCUGUCAUUGCGGCAACUGUGGUCAUCGUGUCCUACGCACUGAGUUCAGGGGUAGCCUACUUUUCGGACAUGGAUGAGAAUGGCCAGUGUGGUCUGAACCGAAAGAGCAUGUAUUUAGUCCAUACCGUGUAUGCCUUCGUGGGCCACUACUUCGUCUUCUUCGGAGUGCCCUUCACCGUACUCGUGUCAGCCAACAUCAUCUUCGUCCACUCACUCAGAAACCGAAAAAAGGCCACUCAUAUCAAAACAGAAUUCUCUCCCGAAAAAUUUGUGCCACAAUGGAACCUGAUCUAA